AUGAACAGCCUGACGACAGCUCUUCUGGUGAUUUUCCUUCUAGGGCUUUCCCUUCAGUGCAUCCAUGCAGCUCCACAAGGUAUCCUGGAAGACACAACCUGCUGCACUGGCGUCACUAAGAGACCCAUUCGUUUUGCUAACCUGAGGAGUUUCUACAGGACCUCUCCGGGGUGUAGGAGACCUGCUGUGGUGUUUGUGACUGUCCAAAACAGGGAAGUCUGUGCUGCUCCAGAGGCCAAGUGGGUACAAGCUGCAAUCCAGCGCCUGAGGAAAAAGAAGUAA